UUGAACUUGAAUUUUAUCCCAUUGUACAGAGGCAGCCCCAGCCACAGAGAGACCGAGAGCUCCCGGAGAACCUGGACUCCGCCAUCUUCACGUUGCAAUCUAUAGCUCCCGUCCACGCCCGCACCGACCCGGGCACACUGGGCGAGCCGCCCCGCAGCCCCGCUCCCCCUGGGCCCGCGGCGCCCGGCAGCGCUGGGGAGCGCGCGCGGGGACCCGCAGCCCCUCCGGCCGGCGCCAGCCUGCCAGGUGACCCGGGAAGGAGCCGCUCCCGGAGUCCCCCAGAGCCUCGGAGGGGUCAGCCUCCGAGAAAGAAAAAAGCAGGCAGCGCGCAGAAAACCCAGAAAGAGCCGAACCAAGGCAGUUUUUCAUUGCUUUUGGGCUUUUGAGGGGGCGGGGUGAGGGGUUACGAGACAAGUCCCCAAGUUUUCUUUGCUUUUUUUUUCCCUUCUUUUUUGAAAUUUGUUUGCAUUUUCCUCCCCCCUCCCUUUGGGUGGAAGUGCGCGUUCCACCUACCAGACCCCGAAAGAAAAGUGUCAGAGGCCGGUGCAAAACCCGGCGUAACUUCAAGAAGACAUUUACAAGUCUAAGAGGCCAAGCACUUUGAAGAAGUGUGAGAGAUAUUUUUCCUCCAAAAGAAUAUAUUUUUAAAGAAACCAGCCAACCCGCGGCGAGCAACAGCAGUUUUAUCAUUUAUUUUUGCCUUUUCUAUUUUAGACCAAGCCAUCUUCCUGGCUUUUUCUUUUUUCAAAAACAAAAACAAAAACACAGCCCAGAAGAAAGAGCAAAAUAAAGACGAAGAAGAAGAAGAGGAGGAGGAGGAGGAAGCGAGGAAGGGCAGAGGCACCAACCCGGGCAGAGGAGGAGGCGCGGCGGCGGCGGCGGCUCGGACCCCCUCCCCGGCCCGCAUCUGUGCAGCUCUCCGGGCGAUGCCAGAAUAGAUGCCGGGGCAAUGUCCCGCCGCAAACAGGGCAACCCGCAGCACUUGUCCCAGAGGGAGCUCAUCACGCCAGAGGCUGACCAUGUGGAGGCUGCCAUCCUCGAGGAAGAUGAGGGUCUGGAGAUAGAGGAGCCUAGCAGCCUGGGGCUGAUGGUGGGUGGCCCCGACCCUGACCUACUCACCUGUGGCCAGUGUCAGAUGAACUUCCCGCUGGGGGACAUCCUGGUUUUUAUAGAGCACAAGAAGAAACAGUGUGGGGGCCUGGGCGCCUGCUACGACAAGGGCCUGGACAAGGGCAGUCCUCCACCCUCCUCUCGCUCUGAGCUCAGGAGAGUGUCUGAGCCAGUGGAGAUCGGGAUCCAGGUCACCCCUGAUGAAGAUGACCACCUACUGUCACCCACGAAAGGCAUCUGUCCCAAGCAGGAGAACAUUGCAGGGCCGUGCAGGCCUGCCCAGCUGCCAACGAUGGCCCCCAUAGCUGCCUCCUCUUCCCACCCUCCCACAUCUGUGAUUACUUCACCUCUGCGUGCCCUGGGCGCUCUCCCACCCUGCUUCCCGCUGCCUUGCUGUGGCGCACGCCCCGUCUCGGGCGACGGGACUCAGGGUGAGGGUCAGAUGGAGGCUCCCUUUGGAUGCCAGUGUCAGUUGUCAGGUAAAGAUGAGCCUUCCAGCUACAUUUGCACAACAUGCAAGCAGCCCUUCAACAGCGCUUGGUUCCUGCUGCAGCAUGCGCAGAACACGCACGGCUUCCGCAUCUACCUGGAGCCCGGGCCAGCCAGCAGCUCGCUCACGCCCAGGCUCACCAUCCCGCCUCCGCUUGGCCCCGAGGCCGUGGCGCAGUCCCCACUCAUGAAUUUUCUGGGGGACAGCAACCCCUUCAACCUGCUGCGCAUGACGGGCCCCAUUCUACGGGACCACCCCGGCUUCGGCGAGGGCCGCCUGCCAGGUACGCCGCCACUCUUCAGCCCACCGCCGCGCCAUCACCUGGACCCACACCGCCUCAGUGCAGAGGAGAUGGGGCUCGUGGCCCAGCACCCCAGUGCCUUCGACCGAGUCAUGCGCCUGAACCCCAUGGCCAUAGACUCUCCCGCCAUGGACUUCUCGCGGCGGCUGCGAGAACUGGCUGGCAACAGCUCCACGCCGCCGCCCGUGUCCCCAGGCCGUGGCAACCCUAUGCACCGGCUGCUGAACCCUUUCCAGCCCAGCCCCAAGUCCCCGUUUCUCAGCACGCCACCGCUGCCACCCAUGCCUGCGGGCACGCCGCCACCGCAGCCUCCCGCCAAGAGCAAGUCGUGUGAGUUCUGCGGCAAGACCUUCAAAUUCCAGAGCAAUCUCAUCGUGCACCGGCGCAGCCACACGGGCGAGAAGCCCUACAAGUGCCAGCUGUGCGACCACGCGUGCUCGCAGGCGAGCAAGCUCAAGCGCCACAUGAAGACGCACAUGCACAAGGCGGGCUCGCUGACUGGCCGCUCGGACGACGGGCUGUCGGCUGCCAGCUCCCCAGAGCCAGGCACCAGCGAGCUGCCUGGCGACCUCAAAGCGGCCGAUGGUGACUUCCGACACCAUGAGAGCGACCCAUCACUGGGCCCCGAACCCGAGGACGACGAGGACGAGGAAGAGGAAGAAGAAGAACUGCUACUGGAGAAUGAGAGCCGGCCUGAGUCGAGCUUCAGCAUGGACUCGGAGCUGGGCCGUGGCCGUGAGAACGGAGGCGGUGUGCCAGGUGUGGCUGGUGCGGGUGCUGCAGCCGCGGCGCUGGCAGAUGAGAAAGCGUUGGCACUGGGCAAGGUGAUGGAGGAUGCGGGGCUUGGCGCACUGCCACAGUAUGGGGAGAAGCGUGGCGCCUUCCUGAAGCGUGCAGGUGAUGCGGGUGACACGGGUGCUGGUGGCUGCGGGGAUGCAGGUGCACCGGGCGCGGUGAACGGGCGUGGCGGGGCCUUUGCACCGGGUGCAGAGCCCUUCCCAGCACUCUUCCCGCGCAAGCCUGCACCGCUGCCCAGCCCCGGGCUUGGUGGCCCAGCACUGCACGCGGCCAAACGCAUCAAGGUGGAGAAGGACCUGGAGUUGCCGCCUGCUGCGCUCAUCCCAUCCGAGAACGUGUACUCGCAGUGGCUCGUGGGCUACGCCGCUUCACGCCACUUCAUGAAGGACCCGUUCCUGGGCUUCACGGACGCGCGCCAGUCGCCUUUCGCCACGUCGUCCGAGCACUCGUCUGAGAAUGGCAGCCUCCGCUUCUCCACGCCGCCGGGGGACCUGCUGGAUGGUGGGCUGUCUGGGCGCAGCGGCACAGCGAGCGGGGGCAGCACGCCUCACCUGGGUGGCCCGGGUCCUGGGCGGCCAAGCUCCAAGGAAGGCCGCCGCAGCGACACGUGCGAGUACUGCGGCAAGGUCUUCAAGAACUGUAGCAACCUGACGGUGCACCGGAGGAGCCACACUGGAGAGCGGCCUUACAAGUGCGAGCUGUGCAACUACGCGUGUGCGCAGAGCAGCAAGCUCACGCGCCACAUGAAGACGCACGGGCAGAUCGGCAAGGAGGUGUACCGCUGCGACAUCUGCCAGAUGCCCUUCAGCGUCUACAGCACCCUGGAGAAACACAUGAAAAAGUGGCACGGUGAACACUUGCUGACUAAUGAUGUCAAAAUCGAGCAGGCCGAGAGGAGCUAAGCGCGUGUGCGGGGAGCAGCACGUGCGUCUGUACAGUGUGACCAUCGCCAACCAUCGCCAACGGGACCCGGUGACCGGACUGGCCUCUGUGUCCCCGGGGCCCAAGGGAGGCGGCAGUCCAACCUAACCUGUGUCUGCGAAGUCCUAUGGAAACCUGAGGGUUGAUUAAGGCAGUAAAGAUUUAAAAAAAAAAUUGUGGAGCCUUUUAACUGUGCAAUAAUUUCUGUAUUUAUUGGGUUUUGUAAUUUUUUGGCAUGUAUGUGCAGGUACUUAUUAUUAUUAUUAUUUCUGUUUAAAUUCCUUUAAAAGAUUUUGUUGGGUAUCCAUCCCUUCAUUUUUUAAUAACCCAGUAGUAGUUUGAGCAAUGACUCGCAAGUGAUGUAGAGGGAAGCUAUCUUUUAAAUUAUAAUUUUUGUGUGUGUGGGGGGGUGCUGCUUUUUUGAAAUUUAAGCUAAGCAUGUGUAAUUUCUUGUCAAGAAGCCAACACUUAAAUGACUUUUAAAGUUGUUUGCCUUUUCAUCAUUUACUUUUGUCCUGAAAUAAAAAAAAAAAGUGGCAUGUGGGUUUUUUUUGGGGGGUGGGAUGGGGAGGUGGCUUUCAAAAACAUUUUUUUUUUUUUCUGGGAGGUGGAUGUACAGCGGAUUACAAUCUUGAAAAUUGUAGCACUUUGUUUUAGCAUCGGAUUGGAGACAUAGCACUGAUGUCCUGAGGUCCCAGAGACCUUCUCUGUGUGGAAUUCAACUUUCCUGUCAUGGAAGGAAAACUUGGAGGGAGGGGUAUGUGGCAAGCAAGCUCCUCCCCAACUCGGGACCCUGAGAAACGUUUCCAGGUGACUCUAGGAACAGCCUCAGCACUUGGGCAUCCCCAGGAGAUACUGUCCUUUUCUGAGGAGCUUGGUGUAUCCUGGGAAGCUGCCUCUGCCCUUUCUUUGCUGUAGAUUUGGCGGAGGGUACCUACUGGGUAGGCAGCGGUGGCAGGGAGGAAGAGACUAACAAUGUUCUUUCAGGCUUCUCUCAGUGUGAUGCUUCUCUCUCUCACCUCCCACAGCCUACAUAUAAAUCCCGGGUGUCCAUUGCUACAGUGGUUGGUAAUUGACUGUGUCCCAAGCAGACAGCUGGUCUCGACCGUGGACUAGGGAAGUUAGAUCCGGGGUCUCUCAUCUAAUGCUGGCAGCACUGUAGGCCAGGGCAAUCUUGCCUGUUCUUUCUUGCUGGAGGAGCUGGGAAGAGUACCAUCCAAGGUGCCCCACGCUGCUUCCAUGUUUGUUUUUUUGUUUUUGUUUUUUUUUUCCUUCCUCCAAUUAGUUGGGACAUACCAUACAUUGGACUCGUUCAGAUUUGAUGUUUGAAUUCUGUUGACCCGCACUUUAAAGCUUUCGUUUGCAUUUAAAUUAAAUGGCUUCUCAACAAGAAAUUGCAGCAUAUUCUUAUCUUUGGCCCAGAGGUGGGUUAAACUGUAAGGGACAGUUGAGAUUGAGUGUCAGUAUUGCUAAGCGUGGCAUUCACAAUACUGGCACUAUAAAGAACAAAAUUAAAUAAUUUAUUGGACAGUCUCUCUACUGCCCUUCAAUUUGAUGUGCGUGCCUUGAAAACUGAUCUUCCUAUUUGAGUCUCUUGAGACAAAUGCAAAACUCUUUUUUUUUUUUGGUUAUUUUAUUUUUUUUUUUGAGAUGAAAAGACUUUAAAAAGCAAACAAGAAAAGUACAUUCUUUAAAAACAAAGCCACAUUUACUUUAAAUUAAAAAAAAAAUCCUGGUUGAAGAUAGAGGAUGUGAAAAUGCCAUAAGACCCAAUCAAAUGAAGAAGUAAGCCCAGCACAGCCCUGGACAUCCAUUAGCAGAAUUGUUUUCAGCCCCUUUUGUUUUUGGGACAACGCUGCUUAGAUGUGGAGUGGAGGUGAUUUACUGCUGAACUAAAACUCAAGUGACGCAAGCCGAUAUCGUUGAAUGAGAAAAAAACAAACAAAAAAAACAACAAAAUAAUUCAGGAACAAUGGCUAAUUUUUUUUUCUAAAUUUAAAUUUAGUGCACUCUGUCUUAAAAAUACGUUUACAGUAUUGGAUACAUACAAGGGUAAAAAAAUCGUGUGUAUGUGUGUUGGAGCGAUCUUUUUUAUUUUAUUUUAUUUUCAAAGUUUGCUUAAUAGGUUAUACAGAAAUGCCACAAUGGCUACGUGUAUAUUGUUUUCUUUUGGUGACGGGGUUUUAGUAUACAUUAUAUAUAUUGAAAUUUCUUGAUUACUGUCAAAGUGGACCAGUAUUUGUAAUAAUUGAGAAUGCCUGGGCAUUUUACAAAACAAGAAAAAAAAAAAGUCCUUUUUCUUUUCCUUGAAACCGUUACAGUAAGUUUUAAAUGGUGGGUCUAUGAAAUCUGUUCUGUCACAGUAACUGUAAAGUCGGAGUUUUAGUACAUUUUUUUCUGCCUUGGGUGUUGAAUUUUUAUUUCGAAAACAAAUGUAUAGAAACUUGUAUUUGGGGAUUAAAAGGGGAUUGCUACACCGUGUAGAAAAAGUAUGUAGAAAAAAGUGCUUAAUAUUGUUACUGCUUUGCAGAAAAAAAAAAUCACACUUCUGGCCUGUCCUUAUUUUUCUCUCCCCACCCCCCUCUGGAAUGGAUAUAUUGGUCGGUUCAUAUGAUGUAGGCUCUCGCUGUAUUUUUACUGGAGCUUGUAAUUUUUUAACUGUAAGCUUGUCCUUUUAAAGGGAUUUAAUGUACCUUUUUGUUAGUGAAUUUGGAAAUAAAAAGAAAAAAAAAAACAAAAACAAACAGGCUGCCAUAAUAUAUUUUUUUAAUUUGGCAGGAUAAAAUAUUGCAAACAAAACAAAACAAAACAAAAAACAGACAAAGACCUCACUCACAUUUGUAUGUUAAGUCCUCUUGUACAGGAGAAAAAAAAAGGGUUGUUUGACAACCUUCAAGAAAAAAAAAGACACAAAAGGCAAGAGUCCAAUGCUUUGGUUCCCGAGCCAUCCUAGUUGCAUAUAGUCUGCCAGAAUUGGCCCACUCAAAGAACCAGUGGCUUUGGGCUUUGAUCUGAAGGCCCGAACUUUGUGUCAGGCCUCCUGGGUGCAGCCACGGCAGAUCCCAUGGGAAGUGCUUUAUUUGUGUGGAGUGGUGAAAAGAGAGCCCUCCCUCUAUAAGAUGGUAGGUGUAGGGGUGAGGGAGCAAGGCCACCUCCUUACUCUGCUAUGGCUACUGUGGCUGCUCCCUCCACCCCCUGACCACCCUCCAGAGCAGAGAGAGAAUCCACAGCUGCGUUUGUCCUUGAGCAAACCCGGAUGGAUCAAAGCUCCUGGAAGGAGCAGCCGGGUCCGGGGGAGCCUCUGCCACUGAGGCUGGUGCAGGCGGGACUGAGGAGGGCCCUGAAGGCAGAUCCUUCUGUUCCAUGGACAGUGUCUGCUCACUUUCCUUCUCGGCUUCGCUGCUUUCCUCUGCAAUUCCAUUGGUUUCAGAAUGGUGAGGGGCCUAGGAUGAAGGAAUUCUGUGCCUUUCCAUCGUUCUCUCCUCCUGUGUUCCCUCCCCGCCCUCCUCCAGUCUCUGCCAACCCUCUCGCUGUUCAUCUCAUCUUUAAUUUCCUCCCCCCUCUUUGUCCCCUCUCCCCCAACACCCCUUUUUUGUAAAGCCAAGUAGCUUUAAGAUAAUAAAGUGGUUGUUUAUUGGAUGAGGGACUAAUACACUUUUCACAAAUAUCUAUAUCAGGAAGCCAUUUUUUUUUUUAAAUUUCAGGAAAUGUAAGAAAUCAUCAUUUCAGGUUAUGAAAGCAUGGCCGUGCAUCUUUCCAGGCAGGUCCUUACUAAAUGCAGAGUCUGCCUCACUGUUUCCCAUUUGACUUGCCUUUGCACAGUUAAAGGAUGGGGGCCAAGUGGGAUGCCACGCGCCCAAGGCUCAGUGUCCCACAGGCUUGCCCCAAGGCCCAGGAUGGCCCUGCCCCUCUGCUGCCCUGCCCCUCCGCUGCCCUGCCCCUCCGCUACCCUGCCGUUAGCUAUCUAGGAGCCUCUGUGUGGUUCUCCUGUGCUCGUAAAAGCUAGCCAGUGCUCACCAGCUCAUCUGUCACCAGAAUGCCAGGACUAAGCCAUCCUAAAGCACAAGGAUUGUAUGUCUCUGUCCACUGCAGAGAGAAGAGAAUUUUGCUUCGCUUAUCAAAGCGAAAACCAGCCAACCAACCUCCCCGAAGCAGGUGACCCAGCCAAAGGGCUCUAGCGUGGGUGACCCAACCAACCUCAGGUCAGGUUCCACACUGCCACAACUUUACCCAAAGUUGCCCGCCCCCCACUGGAACCUGCCACUUGCCAUUGGAGGGUCAUCAUGGGAAGGGGAGGGGAGAGGAGACUGGAUUACUCUAAUCAAAAUGUGAACCCUGAGGUGAUCAGCCUUCCACCCGGCCCUUCCGUCCAAGGUCCUGUUGACCGCAGGCGAAUCCGUGAUUUUGGUGCUCUCUGUGUCAGCCCUGCAUAGCAAAGGCACAUUGAUUUCAGCUGUUGGCUUUUGUACUGGCGAGGCAAAAUAUUUUUAUUACCUUUUCUAUUCCUUAUCGUAUGAGCUUUUGUUGUUUGCCUAGAGGGUUUGUCUCUUACAACAAGUUUGGAGCUAUUUAUUAUUGCUUGGUAUUUGUGCUCUGUUUUAAAAACAGGCACUUGUUUUUUUUAAUUAUGGAUAAAAUGUUGAGAUGACAGGAGGUCAUUUCAAUACGGCUUAGUGAAAUAUUUAUUGUUUCUUUUCUUCUCUGUACAAGAUUUUGGGCCUCUUUUUUUCCCCCUUAAUGUCACAAUGUUGAGUUCAGCAUGUGUCUGCCAUUUCAUUUGUACGCUUGUUCAAAACCAAGUUUGUUCUGGUUUCAAGUUAUGAAAAUAAAUUGGGACAUUUAACUUGA